CUCCAACGCAUUCGCUCCUCCUCCCUGUGUCCUUCCUCUGCUCUCCCCCGCCCACAUCGUCGAUCUUACAUCGACUUCCUCCUGUCCUCCUAUCGACCGUGUGGUUUUUCUUCGUGGACUUUCUAUUCCGCUCCUUUCUGGGUGUUCGUCUGCUCGCUCUGCCCCUUCCGCUGGCUUGGUUGAUGGGUGUUUGUGUUUGACUUCACCUACUUCUUUUCUUCCUCUCUCUAUUCAUAAAUACUCUGGGAAUCAUGUCCAAUCGUCAACAGAUUGACUCCGUCAUCGACGAUGACGAUGAGUUUUGCCCCCUCUGUAUCGAAGAGUUCGAUCUGUCGGAUAAAAACUUCAAGCCUUGUCCUUGUGGGUAUCAGAUUUGUCAAUUUUGCUACAACAACAUCAAAACCCAUAGCGAAGAAGGCCGAUGCCCUAAUUGCAGACGGGUUUACGAUGACAGUACCAUUCAGUACAAGGUGCCUGAUGCGGAUGAGUUUAAAGCGGAUCUGGCACUGAAACAUCGCAAAGCCGCCGCCGCGAAGAAGAAAGAGGCAGAAAAACGCGAAAUCGAAGCUUCAAGUCGAAAGAAUUUGGCUGGGGUCCGUGUUGUACAGAAAAACCUUGUCUACGUGAUCGGUCUAAAUCCCACAAUACGUGACGAAAGCCAACUCCUCCAGACCCUACGUGGCAAAGAUUACUUCGGGCAGUAUGGAGACAUUGAAAAAAUUGUCGUUAGUAAAGCGAAGCCUGGUGGCAACCCUAAUCAGGGAAUUGGUGUCUAUGUGACGUAUGCCAAAAAGGUUGAUGCCGCGACAUGUAUCAACGCGGUGGAUGGUUCCGUGAAUGGUGAUCGAAUCCUGAGGGCCCAAUACGGCACAACCAAAUACUGCUCAUCCUUCUUGCGGAACGAACAGUGCCAUAACAGGAACUGUACCUUCUUGCAUGAAACCGGCGAGGACAGCGAUAGCUACAGCCGUCAGGAUCUUUCGUCAAUGAACACCAUGUCCAGCCAGCGUCCGAAUGGAAUUGCCACCAGCCCCGCCGUAACCCCGCACAUUGCGCGAUCCUCAGCGCAGCCCAUAUCUCAACCCUUACGUCGUCAACCAAGCAAGGAUGAUGCUACUAGCAGUCGUCCUUCUGAUGGGUCUGCUUUGCCCUCCUCUGCAAGCUGGGCAAAUAAGGACACAGCGAUCAGCAGGACACGGCGUACUAGUCUUACGGGCAGCCAGGCCUCCCAAAGCCCACGUGCCGCUCUGGCAACAGUUGUCUCGUCUUCCGAUGAACCCAAACGAGCUGACAGACAACCACCACCUCAGCAGGAACGUCUUCAGACCCCUUCGUUACCAGAAGUACACUCUUCGACGCCUCAUACACCCCCCAGCAUGCAACCCCCCCCCCAGAUAGAGCUGGAGACGCCUCUAUUGGAUGGUCUUGUGAAGGCUGUAAAUUCCCCAUGCUUCAAGUUCGUCUUCUCGGCGGCCGGCCUGCCAGCAGAAGAGGUUGCUCUUAUCGAGAACCACCCCUCGUUCAUUGAUCCAUAUGGUGGGGUUAAGCGACGGGCCAUGCGUGAGAGAGCCGAACAAGAGCGUGCAAAGAGGGAACAGGAACUUCUUCAAUCUGCUGCAGCAGAAGAAGAAGGUCGUGAAAGCGGAAGUCUUCAACUCGGUGGUGAACCAGAUGAUGCACAUCCCCCAAGAGGUCGCAGCAGCCGCGAGUCUCACGGUGCUAUCCAACCCCCCUCGCAGCAGGGUACAACGCCUAGUUCUGCUGUCGGAUCCCCCGUCUCUGCUGCAAGCCACCAAUUCCAAGGGAUUAACUUGAACAACCGUAGUUUAACCCCGCUUCAACAACAGCAGUUGAUGCUUCUAAAAUCUGCUAGCAAUCCUCAAGCUGCCUUGGUGGAUCCUCUACAAUCUGGAAUUGGCUCCAUUGCUUUCGAUCAAGCCGCCCAAGUUCGACAAGGCCUCUUGCAAAGUCAGGUUGCCCAGCAGAUUAACGCUUUGCAGGCUCAAAAUCGCCAAAACUCUCGGUUCUCAUUUGCGAAUGAAGCCAACGCGAAGAACUUUCCAACCUCCCGACUCCUCAAUCAGCAAGCAUCCUUGAUGCAGUCUGGUACACCUAAUCCACUUACUGCGCCUAGUCCCCAGCACAGCCUAGCUGGUAACUUCUAUACUAGCGGAGUUCAAGGCCCACCUCCCGGCUUGAAGACGGCAGGUACUCCACCCAUCAGUGGAGGAGGCAUGUUCGCACAAGGUCAUGGAUUCACAACCAAUGCCAGUCUCGGGUUAGGUGGCGGUGUUGGGAAACAGGACGCCAACCCAGAAUUGAUGCGCGAGCUGCUGCGCGGCCGCAGUGGUACGACCGCGAGUGGUUUACUGGGACAAGAUUCUAAGCUCGACGAAGACUUUCCUCCUUUAGGUGCUAUACAAAAGGACAAACGUCCCACGGAUGCCUUUGGGUCUCUCCUUCGAUCUCAGCUACCCAGUGAUCUACAGAGCUCAGCACGGUCUGGAACACCAACUCUUCCACCAGGGCUGCCUCUUCCACAUUCCCAUUCUGCCUCGUUGUUGCAUAGUCCGUUAAACCCUUCUAGCCCGGUGUCCUCUUUUACAGGCCCACCCCCUGGUCUCGGUGCCCUUUUCCCUUCAAUUGGCACCCAGCCUCAGGCUUUGAAGGGUGAUUUUUCAGGGCGCCUUUCCCCAGGAUCAGAUGAUGAACAGGAACCUGCACCAUCGUCCAACCGCGCUAAGAAUGUUGCACAGAUAUCUUUGGGCUCCCCCGUACCAAAGUCUGCUAAUAAAGCUCGUACCCAACCUAAAGGAGAGCCAGCCGCGAUCGAAAAGAAAGGAAGUCUCCAGAAAACUGCAGUCAGUGAGGGAAAGGAACCAGCAGCCCUCACGAAAUCAAAGCCCAUGAAAUUGGACCUUAGCCUUCACGCUACCCAAUUUCCGGAGCUUUCGUCGAAGGUUGAGCCAAGCGCGCAGACGGCGUCUGUUCAGGCCCCUGUUCCUGCUUCCAAUUUAGGAUCUCGUCCCAACACGCCAUUAACCGGAAUCUCACGUUUUUCAGAAUCUCCUGCCCCUCGUCAACCUCGUGUUCUUCGUGUUGUGGAUACCCCCAAACCCGAAACACCACCUUCUACAUCUGCAACCCACUCAGUCGUGUCAUUGCCCAUAACAAAUAAAGUCCGUUCCAGACGACCGAGUAUUUCAUCACAGAGCCGACCUGAUACUCCUGGUGAUUUUGGAUCUGAAGCAGAUCUUUACACCUCAACUUCCGCGUCUCGCGCCAAUUCGCCUCCUGCCUCUUCACGGAUUGGCUCCGCACCAGUCCGUGCUAUCACCAAGAGCCAAGCCAAGAAGGAGCGGCGACAAAAGGCAAAGGAAGCGGAAGCCAAAAAGCACGAGGCAGCUACAGUGGUUGCGGAGGAGCCUGUCCAAGCCCCCAUUGUUGGCCGAAAGCGAAAGGCGAAGAAAGCUCCAGCAACAGCGUCUGAAACACCACCACCACCACCACCACCACUAGCUUUGCAAGCUAACUCUAGUGUUAGCAAGCCUUCUGGUGUUGGUAUAAAUGACAUAAGUGAGAAGGUUGAUCAUCGAACUGAACCAAGCAAAAGAUCCCAACCCAUUGAAACGGCUCCUGCGAAAGACCCACAACCAGCACCUGCGGAGGUGAAGACAUCUACUGAUGAGAAACAUGCUCCCGAAGCGUGGCGCUCGAAAAAUACUGUUGAGCAGCUGAUGAAAGACGCGGAGUCCAGCAAUGUCUCAAUCAAAGAGCUGUUCUCUGAACGUACCUCCCCUCUUCAGAUGCUACUUGCCCAGCUUCAUAAAUCAGGGGACUUGGACCUCAACCAUCACCCCUUGUUCAACCCAUCCAAUUUGAACCAGCGCUUCGAUAUGAAGUGCACAUCUGGCGAUUACGAAAGUCUGAAGCAACCCAUUGAGCUCACUGAGCAGCAUCGGAAAACUCUGCUGCGAGGCGAAUCCAUUCGAAUCAACUCCGACUCUACUCUGCUCAAAAGCCGAUGCCUUAUCAGUCCGCGUGGGUCUAUUCUUCGGCACUUGUCCCCCGAUGAAGAAAAUCGGUAUCUGGCUCUCGAAAAAGGCAUAUCAUGGGCGAUGGAGUCCUUUCAAGAGUAUCCGGCUGUCCCAGUCACCGAACCAGAUGUCACCAAUCGCGGUGGGGAUCUCGAUGCCCUCUUUGCCACUCCAGAGAACUUUAAUAUUUGCUGGGUUGAUGAGACAUCAGCAGGCAUCUCGUCUACAUCCCCAACUACCGGCUUACCAACUUCUGACUCCUCCACCUCUUCUGGAGGUCCCGCCCCCCCAAAUGUUCUCUCGGCGAUGGAGGCAGAUAGUACCCGAAGCCACAACUGGGCCAUUGCCAAUACUGCAGAACUGGUGAAUGCGACAGCUACUUCGGUUCGAUCAUUUGCCGCAGCUACUGCCAAACACAUGUUAGGAGCUGCCGGUGUCGUCAUGGGCAAUAUGCCCGAUCUGGAUGAUGUCGUUGGUAUGACAGAUGAUGAGUUGCGCUCGUUCACAAUCAAGUCCCAGAAGGAACUCGAGGUAUCUCGCAAAGAACUCGAUGCUAUUGACAAAAAGCUCAGUGCAUUGGUGAAGAGAAACAAGAAACUUGCUCAACAGGCCCUUGCAACCUAA